AUGGGGCUGAGGUGCAGCAAGGCGAAAGCGAACCUCGAGUUUAUCGAGGAAAGCGAGAGGGAACUCGAGGAAAGCGAGGCCGCGUUGGCCCAGGCGAAAGCGGAAAACUCAGAACUCAGGGCAGAACUCGAGGAACGCGAGGCCGCGUUGGCCUUGGCGAAAGCAAAACUCGAGGAACGCGAGCUCGCGUUGAUCUUGGCGUACGAGAGAAUCAGAGAAUACGAAGCGUUGAGGAAGCAGAGGAACAAAGCGUUUUGGUGGACCCCCUUCUCCUCCGAGGAAGCGACGUGCCCUGUGUGCGGCAAGACGUUUUCUCAAGGCGGUUUCCACCCCGCGUCGCAAAAGCUGUGGCAGCACAUGGGACAUGGAGAAAUGCACCGUAAGGCUCGACAAAAGCUGUCGUGGGACAUGAGCGACUGGCAGCCUGGGUUGAUCGCGGCUUAG